AAUGAUUAGAUAAGGUAUAAACCUAUUUAAAAGCAAUUGAGCACGGUCUUUGUGAACAUAGUUAAGAAACUGGUUUGGUUAAACAUAGUUUUUCGAACCAUGAGGAAAUCACUAUUAGCGGUCCUAUCUUUUCUAUGCUUGGCACAAUACGUUCAUGCCAGCUGCAACGUAAUUUGUUACCACGGGACGUGGUCAUAUUACAGAACAGGAAAUGGUCAAUAUAAUUUCAGCAAUGUCCCUGCCAGCUUAUGCACCCAUUACAUUUAUACUUUCGCUGGACUUAAUGCCACUACUCUUGAAGUAAUAUCAUUAGACACGUGGCUGGAUAUUGACCUGGGUGGCUUUACUAGCGCAAUUAACUUGAAACAGACCAACUCAAACCUUAAGGUUCUCUUAUCUGUCGGAGGUUGGAAUGAAGGCUCUUUAAAGUAUUCUACAAUGGCUUCUACAGCCACAGGCAGAGCUACAUUUAUUGCUUCCGUUUUAAAAAUGGUCCAAACGUACGGCUUUGAUGGUUUCGAUUUGGAUUGGGAGUAUCCCGCUAGAAGAGAUAGUAUCAGUACUGCCGAUAAGGAAAACUUUGCUUCUUUGUUAAAAGAACUUCACGAGGCAUUUAACCCUCUUGGUCUCUUGGUGACUGCUGCAGUUUCUGCUCUUCCCAGCUCAGUAGAUAUUUCUUAUGACGUGCCUGCUUUAUCAGAAUACUUGGAUAUCAUCAACGUUAUGACUUAUGACUUCCAUGGCGCUUCUGAUUCUUUUGUCGGCCAUAACGCACCCCUCUACAGUUCUUCAAAGCUUGACUCAACUUAUGCUGAUUACAGCCUGAAUGCCACUAUUAAUGGCUGGAUAGAACGUGGUGCCUCACCUUCCAAACUGGCCCUAGGUGUUCCCUUUUAUGGAGCAAACAAUGUCCUCAUUAAUGCCAGUAAUAAUACGCCCGGAUCUGCUGCUGCAGGUACUGGAUUGGAUCCUGGUCCUUACACUGCUUCAUCUGGAAAUUGGGGAUAUAAUGAGAUCAUUGAAAUUUUUGCGGCCGGUGGAUGGACUGAAGUCUGGGACGACGAACAACAAGUGCCAUACGCCUAUAACAACCUUUCAUGGCUCAGUUAUGAUAAUGCAGAUUCUAUAACUUUAAAGGUGGAAUUUGCAAAAAGUCUUGGAUUGAAUGGUAUCAUGCUCUGGUCUCUAGAAACCGAUGAUUUUCUGGGCUUGAAUGGUACUAAGAAUGCCCUAUUAAAUGCUAUUAAUACCGCAUUGCAACCGGCAAUAUCAGAUCCUUCUCUGAGUGUAUUACCUACUACUACCAGAAAGUCUUUGGAGAAUACAACCAUGAGGAAAUCAUUAUUAGCCAUCCUAUCCUUCCUAUGCUUGGCACAAUACGCUCAUGCCACCAGCAACGUAAUUUGUUACCAUGGCACGUGGUCAUAUUACAGAACCGGAAAUGGUAAAUUUACUUUCAGCGAUGUUCCUGCCAACUUAUGCACCCAUUACAUUUAUACUUUCGUUGGACUUAAUUCCACUAGUCUGGAAGUAAUAUCCUUGGACACGUGGCUGGAUAUUGACCUCGGUGGCUUUACUAGCGCAAUUAACUUGAAACAGACUAAUCCAGACCUUAAGGUUAUUUUAGCUGUAGGAGGUUGGAAUGAAGGGUCUGCAAAGUAUUCUACAAUGGCUUCUACAGCCACAGGCAGAGCUACUUUUAUCGCUUCCGCUUUAAAUUUGGUCCAAACGUACGGAUUUGAUGGUUUUGAUUUGGAUUGGGAGUAUCCCGCCAGAAGGGACAGUACUAAUACUGCCGAUAAAGAAAACUUUGCCUCUUUGGUAAAAGAAUUCUACGAGGUCUUUAACCCUCUUGGUCUUUUGGUGACUGCUGCAGUUUCUGCUACUCCAAGCUCAGUAGAUAUUUCUUAUGACGUGCCUGUUUUAUCAGAAUACUUGGACAUCAUCAACGUUAUGACUUACGACUUCCAUGGCGCUUUUGAUUCUUUUGUUGCCCACAAUGCGCCUCUCUACAGUUCUUCCAAGCUUGGUUCGACUUAUGCUGACUAUAGCCUCAAUGCCUCUAUAAAUGGAUGGAUAGAACGUGGUGCCUCACCUUCCAAACUAGCCCUAGGAGUUCCCUUCUAUGGUAGGAACAAUGUCCUCACUAAUGCCAGUAACAACACUCCUGGAUCUGCUGCUACAGGUACUGGAUUGUAUGCUGGUCCUUAUACAGCUACAUCUGGAUUUUGGGGAUAUAAUGAGAUCGUUGAAAUUCUUGCGGCCGGUGGUUGGACCGAAGUUUGGGACGACGAACAACAAGUGCCAUAUGCCUAUAACAACACCUCAUGGUUGAGCUAUGACAAUCCAGAUUCAAUAACUUUAAAGGUGGAAUUUGCAAAAAGUCUGGGAUUAAAUGGUAUUAUGCUUUGGUCCAUAGAAACCGAAGAUUUUCUGGGUGUGAAUGGUACUCAGUACGCUCUUUUGAACGCUAUUAAUACUGCAUUGAAUCGUAAUACUACGUCUAACAGCACCACAACUACAACUGCAACCACAGUGUCCAGUGACACCUCUACUUCCUCAAGUUCCACCAGCAGCUCAAGCUCAGACUCUUCUACUUCUUCUUCUUCUUCUUCUUCUUCUGACUCAAUUGCUGACGCAAACUCGUGCACCGCAGCCGGUUAUUUCAGAUCCUCCUCGGACUGUAGCGUCUAUUACUACUGUCAAGAAGUCAAUGGCGUCUAUGUUGGUUCUGAAUUAACUUGCAGCAGCGGUUUAUACUACGAUACUACCAGCGGCGUUUGUAACUGGGAGAGUCUGGUUAGCUGUUGAUUUUAGGCAUUUUUUGAAAUAAAAUUAUGGUACAAAUAUAUAUAUAUAUAUAUAUAGUCUCACAAUACUGCGUAAAUUUUAAUGUUUUAUUUUCAAACCUCCGAAUAUUUAACCUAAGAUGUAUAUUUACUUUGAGGUAGUAAAAAACCAAAUUUAAAUCGAGAUGUGAUUAAAUAUAUAUUUUCAAUUGAA